UCGGCGCACCGUCAUCCUCGUCUCCUCCAUCGUUUACAGCGUCGCGCUCGCUGUGAAUGCUUUGAACUGCCUUUCUUUCAUAUUCACGAUUAUUUCUAGAUCUAUAUCUAGUGAAUCUCCAAGCGCUCCUUUACUCGUUGCUGAAGACAGCGCUGCUUAUCUCUACCCGUUGACGGGAAAUACUCCUCGAAGCGCGAAUAUCUUCGAUGCUUUCAAAUCGUCGAAAAGUCAUCCUUAUCCCUUCUUUCAUCCUCUCUUGCUCUCUCGUCUACUACAUCUCCCUAUAUCACUACCAACUCCGCAACACCCUCUCCUACGCAACCCGGCCACUAUGGGAUCAUGCAGACGGACCGAAAGAAGUCAUACCGCACUAUUACGCCGAAGGAAUGGCCAUGGACGCUCACGCAUGCGCCCUUCAUAGCUGGACUCCACGUCGGCAAUCGCUCAGUGGUCGUCAACCCGUAGUCCUGGAUGCUGUGCUGAUGAGCAGUGAACUUGACCUGUUGGAGAUUAGGAUGAGUGAACUGGAUGAUGUGGUGGAUAAAUUCGUGAUUGUUGAGAGCAACGCGACGUUCACAGGGCUGCCGAAGGAGACGUAUUUUGCGGAUGCGAGGAGGAGGUUUGAAAGGUUUGAAAGUAAGAUCGUGUAUCAAUUUCUUCCAGGCUAUCCGCUUACAAGCGAUGAGGGAGCUUGGGAUGUAGAGAGGCGGACGAGGGAUACCAUGACCCAGCUACUGAGGACCACUAUCUCCGACCUCCGCACGGACGCCGAAGUCCUCGUCAUCAUGUCGGAUGUCGACGAGAUUCCCUCUCGGCACACCAUCUCCCUUCUCCAAGCGUGCGAUUUUGGACAUUCAAUACAUCUUCAGCUUCGAAAUUUCCUUUACAGCUUCGAAUGGUACAUUGGGCCCUCGUCCUGGCGCGCCAGUGUCCACCGUUGGUGGCCCGACGCCUACUACCGCCACUCCCAGUCCUCACCCGCCAUGCUCGCCGACUCAGGCUGGCAUUGCAGCUUUUGCUUCCGCACCAUCCCGGAGUAUGUCGUCAAGAUGAAAGGGUUCUCGCACUCUGACAGGAUAGGCGGGGAUCUGAGAUUGCUGGAUCCGAAGCGGAUACAGGACACGAUUUGUAGUGGGAAGGAUAUUUUCGGCAUGUUGCCCGAGGCGUAUAGCUGGGCAGACUUGAUAUCACAAAUGAGCCUCGAACCACUCGCAACAGCAGUCGGCCUACCACGAUACCUCAUCGAAAAUGCGGAGCGUUUCCGAUUCUUACUUCCUCGCGGCUGCAUGAGAGAACCUCCAAGUUAAUACCACUUUGGGACGACCUCGUCGCUCGAGACUCGAUGAUUGUGCAGUGGUUCAGUGCGACCCCCUGCGGACUUUCUUGUGGACUUUCUUGUACGAUAUGUGGAUUAUCUAAUGGGACAUCGCU